AUGCAUUGGCAAAACCGUAUCGCCUUUUCCAUCAUCGUGGGCAUGGUUGCCGGUGCCUUUGCUUUCGCGCUCACAUAUCAAUGCUUCCGCGACUACCAACGUCGCCGUACUCUGCCGAGGGGAGCAGACGAGUCUCCCCCGGUGGAGAGGACCGGCGGACAGAACAUGGAAGAGCUUGGACGGACUGCCGUGCUGACGUAA